ACUGUUUGCACCAGCUUCACAGUUUGGGUUUUUUAUUGUGUUGACGUUUUGCUAAUUACGAUUUUACUUAAAUUUUUAUUAUAUUUACAUUUUAAAACUCUAUCACCUUUUCAGCAAGUUAAAGUCUUGAAAAGAGAGGCUUCGAUUUACAGAAAGACAUACGCUGGUCGGCGUUACAUGUCAUUUUACAUCCGCUAAAUUACGAUAUUGCCGGUAAUUUUUCUAAAAGGGGAUACCUUUGAUGACUGCUCCUGCCAUUCCUUUGCCAUUGUCGUAAAUCUAAAAGUGAUGAAGUUUACUGGUUAAAUAUGUCAAGUACAAGUUCAGCAGGUGUGACAAAGCUACGUGGUAGGCCGUCGAAAAAGACCACCUCGUGUACAUGGUGUAACGAACGCAAGCUUCCAUUGAAAUAUGUUUUACCCACAACAAAUGGGAAGAAAGAGUUUUGUUCGGAAACUUGCUUGGCUGAAUUUAGAAAAGCGUACGUUAAAGGAGCGUGCUUAAAUUGUGACAAUGUGAUUCGUGGUAGCUCAAAUCCUAAUAAAGACUAUUGCUCGGCAUAUUGUAUGAAUAAACAUCAAAAACGUGCUGAAGUGACAAACAGAGUUGUUCCCAUACUACCGCAACCAAUUGUCAACCCUCCUGUAAUAGAGUCGUCGCCUGCUACAUUUCAGUAUGAAACAUACUUACCGUUUGAUUGGGAUGAAUAUUUACGUGACACCAAAAGUCUCGCUGCACCGUAUGAAUGUUUCAAACAAGCCGUAACCUUACCGCAAAAUGAAUUUAAAAUAGGCAUGAAACUAGAAGCAUUAGAUCCUAGGAAUGUGACAUCCACUUGUAUUGCUACUGUUGUUUACAUCCAAGGAUUACGAUUAAGACUGAGGCUAGAUGGAAGUGAUAACAAAAACGAUUUUUGGAGGUUAGUAGAUUCUAGCGAAAUUCAUCCCAUCGGAUAUUGCGAAAAAUCGGGAGGAAUGUUGCAACCACCUUUAGGAUUUAGAAUGAACGCAAGUUCCUGGCCUAUGUUCCUUUUAAAAACAUUAAACGGUGCAGAAAUGGCACCGUCCAAAAUAUUUCAAAGGGAACCUCCAGGUCCGAGAACGAACCUCUUUCAAAUUGGUCAAAAGCUGGAAGCUGUUGAUAAGAAAAAUCCUCAGUUAAUAUGUUGCGCGACUGUUGGUAAUUUAAAGCAGGACCAAAUAUAUGUUACGUUCGAUGGGUGGCGAGGGGCCUUCGAUUAUUGGUGCAGGUAUGACAGCAGAGAUAUCUUUCCUUGUGGUUGGUGUGCGAAAACUGGUCAUCCAUUGCAGCCUCCUGGUCAAAAGAACGCCACUGGGAACAGCAAAUUUAAGGGACGUAACAUACCGGUAGUAAAUACUUCCGACAUCCAAUCACCUGAAGCGGACACAUCCGCUCCACUCCCACCCCCAAUCACUGUGUACGUAUAUAAAACCUGUACAGGUGGACCCCUAGUGGAUGUUGCACAACUAUCAACAAAUUUAGAGGACUCGUCACCAUUGGAGUUGGCUAAAAAAAUCGUGUUGGAGUUAUUGGCAUCAUCUAGUAAAGCCGAGACGAUGCUGGCUAGACUUGGAGCUCUUCGUGGUGACGAAACGGUAAUAACUCACAAUGGAAACUCUUACACGAUCAAGUUGCCUAUCCCUCAAAAAGCCUCCGAUUUGGAGAACGUGUUUGCUAGCUUAUCCGCCUCACUUGGAUGUUGCCAGCAGCUAUUUCAUUUGGAUUCCAAUCGUGGGGAAUGUAGCGUUUGCGACACGAGGCCUCCACCUCCUAAACGGAAGCCAACAGCCGAACAGGAAGCGGCCACUUCUACAACACCAGCUGAUACGUCAAUAUCGGAGGCGGUUAUCGCCACGCCUUGUAAAACUCCAACACCUGAAUGGGGUAUUGAAGAAGUAAUACAGUUUAUAGAAUCUGCUGAUCCACGUUUAGGCGUUCAUGCGGAUUUAUUCAGAAAACAUGAAAUCGACGGCAAAGCGCUACUUCUGUUAAAUUCAGACAUGAUGAUGAAAUAUAUGGGCUUACGGUUAGGCCCGGCAUUGAAGAUAUUAAAUCUUGUACAAAAAGUUAAAGGACGUCGCCAUAACAUGCAUUAGGUUAGUUACAAGAUUGGGUGCCACUCGAUCGGCUCUGUUAACUUUAGAGAGUUUGUUAAUAUCAUCCCUUAAAGAAAAACAUCACAUUUUCUUAGGGCACAAUAUCGUAAGGAUUUUAAUUAUGUACUAAUUAUUUUUGUAUAUAUAUUUUAGAACAUACAUUUCAUCCUUAUUUAAAAUGAAGAAAUUUCAAAUAUUUAGAUUGUUAUUGGUGGCGACUGUUUAAACCAAAUGAAAGGUUACCACAUUUUCAGAAUUAAGGUUAUUAUAUAUCUUUUACAUCAUCAACAACUUGGUCUUAUUAAUGCUGUGAACAUAAAUACAGCUUUAUGAUGCAUGUGUGGGAAACUUUGUUUACGAAGAUUGCACAUAGUGCUGCACUAUUUUUUCAGACUGUAUAUUCUGUAAUUAUCGAUUGUUCAUAAAAUAUGUACGGUGCAAUGUAGCAAUAUUUCAUUUGUGAAAUUAGUAAUAGCUGCACCUUGAAUCAAACCAUUUUUUGCAUGCUAUGUAGCAGUUUUAUCCUGUAGUGUUUAAGAGAUGGUUUUAUUUAAAUAUAAGAAUAAAUCAAACUACAAAUGAGAAUAAAAUAUAUUUCUAUCUGUACAACAUACAUUGAUUAUAUAAGAUAUGUUUGUAAAACGCUAUUUUUGUAGGUACUACUAAGAUAAGGAAGUCAUGUAAUUAUGUGAUAUUACUUUUUAACAGUAAAAGUAACUCCCUUUUCUUUUUCCUCCUUUUGAGGUGUACACUUAAGAGCCUGUUAUUUGGAAACUGUUUUUAAGUUAUGUUAAAUCAUUUUACUUUAGUUAUUGUAUCUAACUGGAAGAAAACCAAACUUAUCUU